CUUGCCCGCAGUAUUGAGCAGACAGUGAUUGGACAGAAUGACCGCUGUCCAACCAUAGGCGCGAACUAUACUCAGCAUUCUCGAACAACAAUUCUCGCAUCAAGUAUAUCCAAGUAUCCCAGUUCAUCAUUGCUUGCCUCUCAUGUUCGGUCGCCAUGGACAACCUCUCGAACACAAUACUGACCUUCCUCCGAAACGCAUGGAAUCGGAUCAUCCACUUCCCAUCCCGGGCACUGCAUCUGCUCGUCGAGUGUUUCCAUCAUGUUGGCCAAAGCAUCACUUCUUUCCUCUUCUAUGUCCUCCACGGCAUUGCGAUUCUUUUCUUCGCCAUAAUAAAGCUGGUUCUCAUCAUCUUCGGCGCCAUCCUCCUGCUGAACAUAUUAUACAUCACCAUAGCCCUCCUCAUCAACUCUAUCAAGCAAUCACAAGCCCGAAAAGCUGCAAAACGACAACAAGAACAACUCUUGCGAGACUCGGAAGAAGGAUGCCUACUCGCCCAACAACAAGCCCGUGAACAAGAAGAGCUAAGACGACACAUGCUAGCCGAACAGGCAUCAAGACAAAAUAUCCGACAACAACAACAAGAGCAGAUCCAUCGUGAUGAGCACAGAACAACCAUCAACACCGAUCAACAACACAGGAGAAAACAACUCCUCCAUCACCAAACCCAACUCGAACUUACCCGCAACUUCAACCUCUGGCGUGACCGAUGCAACCGACUAUCCCAAAACCUCGCAUCCGUGACCGCAAUCCCACCGCCACCCUCUCAAGAUCUCGCGCAAUCGUACGAGAAUGCAAACCUCACGUUGCACGAGUUGAAAGAGGAACGCAGGUUAUGGCACCCGGAUAAAUGGUGUGGUGUGGAUGAGCGAUAUAGAGCUCAAGUCACCAAGAUGGCAACACAAUGCUUCCAAAUUGUUCAAAGCNACCACCCUCUCUCUCUCUCUCUCUCCACGAACGAAACUAGCGUCCUUCCCACACACAUUCCACAAAAACUUAUUCCAAAAACACUCUCCUUUACAUGACGAAGAAAGCACCGACAAACAGCGCCAACACGCAAAGUCCGA